AUGACAUCCAAAGCCUCUCUGUCUGAGGUCAUCAAGGUUUCCCAUACUGUCUUCUUGCUAACCACCCGCAACUUUACUGGUGGCACUAGCGAGGAGCAACUCCAGGGCAAGAACGUCGCGGAUGUUGCUGCUGAGGCAGGAGUCAAGCACAUAAUAUACUCUUCCCUGCUUCAUGUUACAGAAACUACCAAUGGCCGUCUCAGGCAUGUUGUUCAUUUUAACGACGAAGCUGAGGUUGAGCGCUGUAUCCGGUCGAAGGGCAUCCCGAGCACCUUUAUUCUGCCAGGUUACUUCAGGGACAAUUUCACCGCUCUGCACAUGAUCCAGAAGGGCGGAGAUAGGUGCCAGAUUUCCUUUAUCAACGCCGAGUCUGAUAUUGGUAAAUACGCCGUGGCAGCCAUCCGCAACAAGGCCAAGGUCUUCGGGCGCCAGAUUCUGGCUGCUGCGGAUUACUACACUCCGAGCAGAAUUAUCUCUGAGUUCCAAGAAGUUACCGGAAAGCCUGCCCGCUUUGUUAGCGUCGAUGCCGAGACUUACAAGAGUUUUAUUCCAGGUCUUAUGGCUGACGAGAUGCUUGAGAGUCACCUCUUUAUUGAGGAUCCUGGCUACUAUGCUGGCAAAGAUUUGACGGGUAGCUUGGAGCUCCUGACCGAGGUGGGACUCAAGCCGACGUCUUGGAAGGGGCUUUUGGAGGCCAACAAGACCGGCUUCCAGUAA